GGUCGAAACAGUUCGUUUUAGAGAGUCGUUCACGUGCGCUCACUCUCGACAGGGAGUCGUUCGUUUGAGUCAUUCAAAAGAGUCAUAUCGUUCAUGAGCGGAUCGUCUGUCGGUAGUUGUAGAUUACGCUCGCGAGCGAGUCGGAGCGCGUCACUUCAUUCAGGAGCUAGUCCGGGAUAUUCAUUUCGUUCAGUUGCGAGUCGUGAGUUGUCAUUUCAUUCACGAGCGAGUCGGGGUCGCAAAAAGUCGCGAGCAGCAAACAGUCUUUCUUUGUGGCCAAACAUUUUGAACACGGGAGUGAGUAUAAAUACAUAAUAAUAAGAUUAACUUUAUUUAUUUGAUCUUUAAUAUACUUAAAGUGUUUAAUGUUUCCAUGAAUUAUUUUGACGUUAUUUAAUCAUGGCACCCAGAAAUCAAAAAACUAGUCAAAUUUGGGACUAUUUUUCAGAAGUUAAUAACAGUGAUGGAAAAGCAAAAUGUAAUUUCUGUUCAAAAGUGAUUUCGUACAAAGGUGGAAGUACAUUUAAUCUCACACGCCAUGUGCGAACCAUACAUCCCACAAUUUCACUGUCCUUGAAACGUCAGCUACCUGCAGAUAUCUCAAGAUUUGAAGAGGAUAAACCAAAUGAUCCAGAACCUUCUGUAUCCAGUAGGCCUGCAGAAGAAACUUCAAAUACUCAACGAAACACAGUCCCUUCUAGUGAAGCACAGUCAGUAGAAACAGUGUUACACACAGGUCGGAAAAGUGUGAGUACAAUUUCUUCAUACUUUCAUAAGCCAUUGUCAAAUAGGAAAAAUAGAGACAUUGAUAACAGUCUUACAGAAUUGAUUGUUAAAGAUUACCUGCCUUACAGAAUAGUAGAAAGCCCAGCUUUCAGAAAAUAUUCGCAAAAUUUAAACAGUGGAUACCAACUUCCUACUCGAAAGACUGUUUCCACUGUUUUAGUGCCUCAAAUGUACGAACAAACGAAAGUAAAAGUUAGGCUUGCUCUAGAGGCUGCUGAUGCAGUUACAAUUACGACAGAUGGUUGGACAUCAGUAAAAAAUGAAAGUUACAUAUCAGUAACAGCACACUAUAUUAACAAAGAUAUGGAACUACAUUCCUGUCUUCUUGAAUGUUUUAAUUAUGACGACAAGCACACUGCUGUAAAUGUAGCAGAGGAAUUAAGGCGAGUGACACAUGAGUGGGGCAUCGACAGAAAAGUUGUUGCAGUUGUUAGUGACAAUGCAGCUAACAUGGUGGCAGCUGUUAACCUUACCGGCUGGACACACAUAUCUUGUUUUGCCCACAACCUGAACUUGAUUGUUCAGCAUGGACUUGAUGGGACUAAAACCAAGAUACUACUUACCAAAGUCAAGAGUAUCGUGGCAUUUUUCAAACGAAGCCCUCAAGCUUGUGCAAAAUUGAAAUCCAUGCAAGAGCAAUUAGGUGAGCCAUGUCUGAAGCUAAAGCAAGAGGUCGUCACUAGAUGGAAUUCUACUUACGACAUGCUUCAAAGAAUUGUUGAUGUCAAAGAUGCCCUAGCUUCAACUACAGCCAUUAACUACCCAGACCUUCCAGUUAUUACGAACGAAGAUGUGAGCAAUAUUCAAAAUGUAUGUAAAUUAUUGAAAGUGUUUAAGGACUGCACAGAAGAAAUUAGCUCUGAAAAACAAGUCACUGCUUCAAAAAUAAUUUUGUUUGUUAAAGCACUGAAGACAUGGUGUGCUAGACGUAAUUCCGAACUCGACGAAAAUGUUCCCGCCAAGGAAAUUGCAGAGAGAUUGCUAGAAGGCAUCAACAAACGCUUCAAAGCUGUUGAAGAAAACAGUGUGUUUGCAGAAGCUACGAUGUUGGAUCCGCGAUUCAAGGCCCGUGGUUUUUCCGAUGUGAAUUCUUCGGAAAAAAUUAAACAGACUCUAAUUUCGCACUGCGUGAAAUUCGGAUCUAAAUCUAAUCCAACCAUAACACAUGAGGUGCAAAAUGCUACUCAAUACCAGGGGUCUUCGAUUUGGGAAGAGUUCGAUGAAAGUGUAAAAAAAUUGCUGAGCAAUCCCAAUCGAAAAGUUGCAGGGAUAGUUGAAGUCGAUAAAUUCCUACAGGAACCAUUGUUGCCAAGAAAUGGAAACCCGCUCACUUGGUGGUUUGAAAGGCGUGAAGUUUAUCCAACACUAUUCCAACUAGCCAAAAAACGUCUUUGUGUAGUUGCGACCUCAGUUCCAUGCGAACGAGUUUUUUCUAAAGCUGGCCAAAUUAUCACAGAUAGAAGAAGUAGGCUUUCAGGAAAAUCUGUUUCACAAAUAUUAUUUCUGAAUGAAAAUUUGUAAAGUACUUUGUGGACAAUAUUUAAAAUGCGCCUUAUUAUAAUGACUUGUUGAAAUAUGGAUAUUUAAUCGGUGUUUACCAAAUAAUUGCAGUUAUCGCAAACAUUCAUUAUGGACCAAGAAACAAUUCCCGAGUACAUUAUUAUUUCAGUAAUUUUAACUUCGAACUGUUAUGCAUCGAUCUCAACAAAAAGGAUUACUCCUAUGUGUAAGAAGAAUCUGAAUCUUAUUCAACGUGUGUCGGCUUUUGAAAGUGCAGCAGGAGUCAGUGUUAAUUAGCAUCUCAACUAGUACAUAGGCCUAAGUGUUCCGUUUUGAAAGUCGAAAUAUACACUUGCUGCAGUCAACAUAAGGUAAAUCUUUCACAUGUGACGAUAUAUAUGUUAUGUAUCCGGAAGAUGAUGCUGUGUUAGAUGCAGCUGAGCCACUGCAUAUUGAUGACGGCAGUGUGCAUGCACAAGCACAUUCCAACCAAAAUGAAGUUGCUUCUCCAGUGUCUACCCCAUCUGUAGCCUAUUCCAAGAGGUCAGGGUCAUCACCAAGGGCACCUGUUUGGAAGAAACAUGAACAGUACAUAAAAGAAUCUGAAGUUAGAAUACGAAGAGAGCAGCAAUUAUAUGCUGAAAGAAUUGCAGUUGAAAAGGCGCAAAAAAGGAAAUGGGAGGCAGAAGCUGAAAUUGCAGAGCUUGAAUUAAAAAUGAAGCGUAAAGAAUAUGAAAAAUUAACCAGCAACAAUUCUGUAUAGUGCAAGUUAUUUUUAUUUUAUAUUCACAAAAAUGGGAAAAUUAAAAAAAGAUAAAACAAAUUUCAAUG